AGUAUCACCCAUCCCAAUAAUUUUCUAUUUAUUCGAGAUCGUCGUAAUGGUUGGACGCACUUUGACCAGAACCGUUUUUAUUAUUUCCUUUUGAGGGAGCAGUUGAACGAGUCAUUCAAUCACUGAUUCCGUAUUAAGAUCUGAUGUGUAUGUUAGGCAACAGUCCGUACAGAAGUAGUAAAAUCUCUAGAUAAGUCUGCGCCAUGACUUCCUCGCCUUAUCCUGCUCUGGCACCGAAUUUCACGCCAACACCGCUUCUUUGCCGCGAUGAAAAAUAUAAUGGUUUUUUAGUAGAUAUAAUUAGCGACACAGGAAUUCUAAUCCGAGGACAUGUGUGUGACAUGAAGGCCGGACAUUUGUCCGUCAAGACCAACUUCUGGGACGAGACCGGUUUAUGGAUCCCGUUUAACCGUUUGAUUGUGCGAUCACAUGGAUACCUUUGGAACGCAACUUUAAGCCUUUUCGCCUGGAUGACCCAACGCCCCAGCGAAGCACUUAUCAGUCUGGGCGCCAAUCAUCCAGCCGUAUGGCUACCGGCUCGCGAGGUAAAAAUGCACUUCUUUGAAGGUAGCGUUAACCGUUCGUGGUGGUUGCGACAUGUUCGAGUAAGCGUCGAUGAAGUGAUGCAAGCCGAAUAUCUCAUCGGGGAGGACAUACGCUCUCUCGUGCAGCAACGCUACCGCUACCGCGGAUUUCGGAGCCCCAACGUCACUCACCAAACGUUUCGCAAGACUGCCAUCCGGCUUGCACCCCUGGUGGCCCUAACGCUGCAGAAAUGCCUUCGUUGUCGAGAUUUCCACGCAUACUGGCUAACUUAUACGGGAACUCUCGUCACAACCAUAAUCAACGACAAAAUGCACCUCCUCAGCCGCGGUCCAUUGAGUAUGUGUUCACAGCGGCAAAUUAACGUAUUUAUUCGCGCUGACGCCUUCGAAAGGGUUAACUGGGCUAAAUCGUUUUUUCCCACGCUGACGAGCAGACUGCAAUCAAUUCUAUCAAGGUCGUUUUUCAGAACAGAUUGUCAUGAGACAGCGAUGCUGACGAUCGACGACACGCCUCUCAAGAUACAACUUCUCAUCUUUUCUUAUCUCGAUUUCUACGACCGCACGUUGUUGCAAAGGGUUUCAAAAAACUGGAAGAUGUCCAUAUGGUCGGCAGUCGUGCGCCGGGAUACAAUCAUACCGCAUCGCUAUUAUCGGCGCGAGUCAGCCCAUGAUUUAGCAUAUCGCAUUCAGUUAUCCAUGACACGGAAUACCACAGUCGCAUAUCUAACGGGACACUGGCGGGAUGUCGUCGGUCCUUUAGCGCUAAUACUUUCUUACAUGUCCAUUGGAUUACACUGGCUGGUUAUUGCUGACAACGCCACCGUCUGCGCCAGGGAAUUAUGCCCUCUUAACGGCAGGUUACUAAUACAGCAUUUGCAGCAAAUCUGCCGUCGAAUUGCUUUGAAACGAUGCGGUUUCCAUCUUGUGCCUGGCGUAUUUAACUUCACCUAUUCGUUUGCCUCUGAGUGCCCAAACGACUUGCAGAUCGCAUUAUUUAAUCACCUUAACGAGCUGAUCGAGCCAGUAAAAACAAGGGCGUAUAUUGAAAUACUGUCCCAAAUCGCGAUUUUGCACCCCAUGACCAAGAAGCCAUGGUUGCGGAAGAGCAAGUACCGGAAGACCCUUUGUUCCUGUUUCAUCCAGUGGAGAGUACCGCCACCACAAAGUAUCAAAACUUUAACUGCAGAUUCCCUGGAAAAACUUCCGCGGAGAAAUUUAGUGCUUCAAAGUUUAUUACGGUGGACAGAGUCGCAGAGAAGACCGGAGCUCAGCUGGAAUGCUAAGCUAUGAAGACAUGAGAUAAGCCAACAAUACAGGAAUCCGCGAUUAAAGAAAACGAAGCCGAGUUUUUUAAAACUGAACUGGCAAUGUGUUAACCAAGUUAAACAGCUUGGUCCAAUUUAAGAAAAGUAAUAAAUCAAUCUUUUUAUGAAAUAAUACUACAAAAACAUAAUUUGAAGGAUAGUACUCUUAUAUGCGCUGGGACAGUUAGCGCACAAGUUAACACCUUUCUCACCUUAUGGAAGAUGGAUGUACAGUAUAUCUGUAAGUUCGGAAAUCUUCAGUAAUCGGACUCUUCGUACGUAGUACAUAUAUUUUGAACAGCCGGUCACCGGCGCCGGCUGCCGAUUCCUUUGGUCAAAGUUUUUCGGCUGAGACUUGUAGCCGGCAAGAAAGUUAACAUGUUCACGGUUCACGGUGAGAGCAUAUGUAUUUGACGGGCGGAAAUGCUCACAAAAUUUAAUGAAUCGUGCAGUCUAUAUGCAGAUUUUUUCUGCAAAGUUGCAAAUAUUAUUAUUUCAGAAAAUAUUGUAAAAUGAAUUUCCGUUGUAGAAAUUGCGCUUUCGGGGAAAGAAUAAUUCCUUUAUCUCUUUCGCGCACGACACAACAGCCAGGACGUCAACUACUCUCUCCUCUCUCUCCGAGAAAACUACAUAAUCUGAGUGCCAAAAUUUGGCUGAUAACUAUUCGUGCGCGCAGCAUCCGGUUCAAGAUAUUGUGAAUUAAAGCAGAAAAAACUGUGUUUAAAAUCAGUUCUAUUCUUAACUAGAACCAAAUACAAAAAUUAAAAAUCCUCUUUAAAAGUUUGGGAAAGUACACGAACAGGUUUUAUUCAGAAUCAUCUCCGUACACACUUAUUACCUGCAGUAAUCACAAGAAGAAAAAUCAAAAUUUAAUCUGCUGAACAUGACUGAUCGUUCAA